UCUGUGCUUGAUGAUUGGGUUAGAGCUAGGGCCAGUAGCUGUGGAGAGAGAGUGCCGCUUGUUUACCUCCUCCGGGCAGAGAUCAGUGGAGCAUUAAGCUUUUAAUUGAGGUAUAAGUGUAUCAUUUGGGAAGGUGAACGAAUUGGAGGCCAGUCACCUCUCUAUCAGGGGCAGCCAGAAGGAUCUGUGUGCGAAUGCAGCCGCUCGACAAAAUCUGAUAGCGAUUUCGGGGGAAAGACACAACAAGAAGACGUAAUCAAGAAUGCUUUUAGGUGCUCCUACUCAUGGUGGUCAAUUGCUGGCUUCUCUUGGGAUCCCAAACAGACCAAUACAGACACACUUGGACAUCAAGCAUCUUCUUACAUUCAGGAUCAAUGGAGUCUCUCCGCUUAGCCUCUUCCCUAACUUUAAUGCAAUGGACCCAGUGCAGAAGGCAGUUAUUAAUCACACCUUUGGUGGGCCGUCUCCUCCAAAAAGGAAGCCCUUUAUAUCCUGCAAUGUCUGUCAUCUCAGGUUCAACUCCCUGAACCAGGCUGAAGCUCAUUAUAAGGGCCACAAGCAUGCACGGAAGCUCAGAGCCUUGGAGAGCGCACGACACAAACAUAAGCAUAAUGGAAGUCGAGAAAGAGCAUCAGCACCCCCAGUGGACACCAAAAAAAGCACAGACUCUCAGAGUGAAACAGCAGAUGCACAGGAUGAAAUUACCAGGGUUAACGAACUGGACAUGGAGCCAAGUUGCCAAACUCCAACCCCUGAACCUCAGAACCUUGUUCCGGAGGAGGAUUGUGCCUCUCCAGAGACCUUAGACAGCAGUGCUGAGUUGAUGGAUACUGGCUCACUGGCUCCAGAGGAACCAUGUAGUCCAGAGAAGCCCUCUGAAGAAAACUGUGUUUCCACUCAGGACAGUGAGAAGGAAAAAAAGAAUAGAGAGCAUUUAUACUGUGCCACCUGCAAGGUUACUGUGAACUCAGCAUCUCAACUGGAGGCUCAUAAUGCCGGUGCAAAGCACAAAUCUAUCUUGGAAGGACAGAGCACUCACCCAAGAAGGAGCAGAGGAAAAGCACUAAGCCGUGCUACCCGGAAACCCAAGAGGAUUGGUAAUAAGACCAGCAUUGGUAUCCAGAACAAAGCCUUCAAUUGCCCCGUGUGUGAGAUCCAUGUCAACUCUGAAACCCAGCUCAAACAGCACAUGAACAGCAGAAGACACAAAGAUCGAUUGGCUGGGAAACCUCCAAAGCCCAAAUACAGUCCAUUUAGUAAGCUGCAGAAGAAUGCUGCUUUAGCGACCAGGCUGGCUCUACAUAAACAUCUGACUAAGACUUUGGCUGCUCGCUUUCUUCCGAGCCAUCUGACUCCGACAGCAGUCUGCACUCUACCCAGUCCUCUUGCUCUGCGCCCUACCACAGAUGCUGCAAUCUUCCAGACCCCUCUCCUGGGACCAGCUCUUUUCCGGAGUCCGCCAACUGCUAUUCGGCAUUCUCCAGCACCUAUAAUGUUUGCUCCAUACUAGCCCGGCUCCAUCCUGCUAUAGGACUGCAGAGGAGCUAGUACAGAGGUAAAGCUGUAUUAAUCACAAGUCCACCACCUCCAGGGAGCACUAAAUUCUAUAUAAUUGUCGCUUCGCUCAUGACCCAAAGCACAUCUGCCAUCUUGAAUAUUGGAGCUAGCUAUCCAAGCCAUAAAGUCAACAGACUAGGAUGGACAGCCAUAGUUGCAAAUGUCAGACUGUGUGUACAGAAGGUGGCAGAGGAAGUGAGCCUCUACAUCUACCACUGCACUUGAGUCAGGAGACAGUGACUUUGAAGAAAUUAACCACAAUCCCUCUGUUCUGAGAUGGUGGGGAACUGAUAGCAAUAACAUUGAUUUGGAGGACAUGGCUUUGGAUGUAAAACUGAAACAAGCUGGAAGAAUCGAGAACAAAACUCAAAUAUGACCAAGAUCCCUAUUUUAUUAGCUAAUAGUGUCAGCAGUUAUGCUGGUACAGAGACAGUGUUAUAUGCAUCGUGAUGUGCACAAGGCAUGCUACUGCUUGGUUAUACCAAGGUGUGGCAAAGAGAGGUGCCUUCAUAUAAAGCAGAUAUUUAGAUGUGAUAGUGAACAAUUCUUUAUUAAAAUAUUUAAGUAGAAAUAUAAUAAAUCCAG